AUGGAAGAACUUUUAAAGCCAGCCAGCAUAAUCCGCAAACCCAAACCCGAUCCCGAAUUGGAGCUCGUCGCAACAAGCGUUAUCCAGCACCACUCCAACUCCAACAUCGAGACAUCUUCCACAACCACCACAAACCCCAAACUUGGCCCCCCAACCUCACCCGAAGACGCCCUCUCAGCACUCAAAAGCCAACCAGACUACGACACUCUCAUGACCAUCCUCCGCUUCCUCUCCCACCACAAACCCCAGAACUCAUCCUUCCCGACCAUCAAGCUCCCCAGCCCCCUAACCGCCCAGCUUGUCCAAGUCCUAGUCUCCGACGUCGUGCCCAACUACUGGACCCUCCUUCUCGAAAGCGUCCACGACGCAAAGAACUCGGGCCUGAAGCUCCUUCUCUACUGCUUGUCGAGUGUCACCGGUGUAAACGCAAUCCUCGUCCGGUUGAGGGCCCUGAUUCAAGAUGCCAAGGCAGAUGGUGGGGAUAAGGGGAAGAAGAUCGAGAUCUCGAUGACUCUGGGGAUCUUGGUUGAUCUUCUCAACCGGCUUUUGCAUGGGGAUGGGUGGUUGUCGGAGGCGUGGCAGGUUGCUACGUCAAGAGAGGAUGGGCCUGCGAGAGUGAGACCUAGGGUGCAGGAGAUAUUGACGGCUUUUGGGAGUGGACGGAUGGUCUCGCUGGCGGCGGAGGCCGAGGCGAUCGUUAAGGGGAAUGGCACUGGGAAGGAUGUGGAGGGGUCUUGGGUUGCGGAUUCGUUGCAGUAUAUUCAGUGGCUGGGGAGGAACAUCGUGGCGUUUCUGGAGUCUGAGGCGGCGGCUAAGGACACGAAGUUUGCUUCGGACGUGUUUGGGAAGGGGCUUCGGCUGGGUCAUGCUGACGCUCUCACAAAACAACUCCUCUCGUCCCUUGUUUUACAAAAAGGGGCUGACCCGAAGAAGUUCGGCAUGCUUCUUGACGGACUACCACAGACAGAGCAGCGCAAGGUCCUCUUCUCGGUCUUAAAGUUCUUCUCCUCCGAUUACCUUAAUCGCCUAGGCAGAUGUGAGGGAGACAACAGCAAAGCACUUGUGUCCGCUGUGGCCGGUGCCCUCUCCUUCAUCGUGAACGGGAUGAGUAGUGGGAGAAAGCAUCUUGUGGAGUGGCUCACAAGCUCUUCCGCUGCUGGCGUUGGAGAGGAGGUGGGCAUUCGGCGGGCUGUCCUGGCAGUUGUUGCUCAAGAAAAGGAAGAUAUAUGUACCGUGGUGGAGAAGAGCAUAAACCAGUUCGGAGAUCAACUAUACAUCAAACAUUCUCCCAUGCUACAGCAGGAAGCACAUGCCCAGGUCCUGCUCAUCAGCGCAGGAUAUGUGCACAGAAAAGUUGCAGUCAAACUUGCCAUGCUCCUGAGAUCGGGUGUAUGGAUGAACACCAUCUCCAAUCGGCUGAAGGCAUCAAACCUCAGAGCCCGUUUCAUUGGAAUGAUUGUGGGCGAGGCUCUGUCCGCUUUGGUGGACAAGGAAGACAAGCGGCUCAACUUCCAUAUGGAGGAGACAGACCAAGAGGAAGGACAGUGGUACAAGGGACUGACGAAGGUCAUGGAUGACACUGGGCCUUUGGAUCCCCUGAGUCAACCACUGUCUCAAACAACUCCCAAGAAGCCAUUCAAAACAUCAAAACCGGCGCAGAAGCCGACAGCACCUAUUUCUGGUAGCAAACCUUUGAUCAUCGAGGAGCUGAGCGAUGAAGGUGAAGAUGAUGAUAUCAUCCCCUAUGCCAAACCGGAUUCAGACCCAGAGGACUCAGACGACGAUCCAACAUUGAUCAGGAGAGACAAGCCAAAAGCCCCAGUUUACAUCCGUGACUUGAUCAAGUAUCUAAGGGAUACAGACAGCUACGACCGUCAGAAACUUGCUUUGGAAACAGCACCAACACUUAUUCGGAGGAAAGCCGGCUACGGUACUGAACUGUCAGAGCAUGCUGAAGAGCUCGGUAGUCUCCUAGUCGGCUUGCACGAUAGGUACGACCUCGAGAAUUUCAACGAGCUGCGCGCCCAAGGCAUGAUCGCCCUCAUCAUCGCCAAACCUGAGAUGAUGGGGCCCUGGUUUGCUCGUACCUUCUUCGAAGGUGACUACUCCAUCAACCAGCGAGCAUCAGUCCUCGUCGUCCUCGGCCUAGCUGCUCGCGAGCUCGCUGGCCUCGAGACAUCAGACUACGCCUCGGCGGCAGCCUUCCCCUCCAAGAAACUUCCCGAAAAGGUCGAGCAACUCUACCUCACCCAGCCUUCCACCACCGCCGCCGCCAAACUCCCAUCCCCGUCCUCCCUCAAACCCCUCCCCCCUAAUGCUCUCGACACCAUAGCGACCUCCCUAACAAACGACUUCCUCGCCCCGCUAGCCGCCCGCGCCGCUGACGCCGCCACCGGCCCCGACAUCCUCAAGCUCAGCACCUUCACCUCCCGCCUCAGAGACAAAGCCAAGCAAAAAACCACCUCUAGACCCCGCGUUCGCUCCAUCCCCAACACCACAGCAUCGCUAUUGUCGCACUACUUUUUCUCUCCGCUCGUCGCCCGCUUUCAGGCUGCAUUGCAUUCCGCCCCGGCUAGGGGCAGUUCCAUCCGUGGGCAGCGCGCGAGCCUGCUUUGGCACCCACAGUUGUUGGCGCUGUACUUACAAACAUUGGCGUUGGUAGUGCACGCCGCCGGGCCGAGUACCCUGUCCCUGCCGGCCAUGACGGCUGAUCUGUGGCGGCUACUACUCAGCACGCGGGUGCGGGCGUGCGCGGUCGGAGACCUGGCGGUUACGCGGGCGGUGCUGUUCGGAUUCAUGGCGCUACUAGAUGUGAAUGAGGAGAGGAUGCGGGAUGUAUGUGGGGAGCUGGGACGGGAGGUCGUCGAGGCGCAGGAGUGGGUUGCAGGGGUGUUUGAUGGGUUAAGGGGCGGUGAUGAGGGGGGCGAGGAGGAGGAGGUGAAGAUGUUGGCUGCGGGAGUGUUGGUUAGGCUGAGGGAAGGGAUUGAGAGAUGGCAAUCAAAUUCAAGUCGCAACAACAUGGGGAACUCUCAGUCGACUCCUGCCGCUGCGCCGGCUCCUGUCGCUGCUGCUCCGGCUGCCAACAGCCAGGCUGAGAACAAGCCUAAGCCCUGCUGCGUCUGCAAGGAGGAGAAGGCAAAGCGCGACGACUGCAUGCUCUUCUCAACCGCCUCCGACCCCCAGAAGGACUGCCAGUCGACAAUAGAGGCCUACCGGGCCUGCAUGGCCGGGUAUGGGUUCAAGGUCUGA